AUGUCUCUUUUUGGCGGCCUGUUCAAUGGGCAGCCCGCGGACGGCGGGCUGUUCUCUGAGAAAAGCAAGUUCAAGGCGAGCGGUCAUAGCGAGGACGAGCCACAUAGUACGAAGAACAAACGCAAGGAGGGAGCUGUCAAGGCGGCAGCGAGCACCAUUGCAGCGGCGGCAGCAGCGGCGGCACAGGAGCCCGGCAGCGGCAAGCGGCGUAGAGCCGCGGCGGCCGCUGAGGCCCCGACUGCAGCUGUACCUCAGCAUCAGCAUGAGCAGCGACAGCAGCAGCACGAGCGGCCAGGGAAGAAGCACAAGCAGGCCAAGGAUGUUGAGAGUGCGAAGGUUGUGCCACUUUCGACGGAGCCGCCAGCGGCUACGCAGCAACCAAACGGGCAGCAAGGGCAGCAUGUAGCAGGCAAGAAGCAGCACAAAGCAAAAGUGGACACAGGAAAUGGUCGCAAGCAGCAGCAGCAGCAACAGCAGCAGCAGCAGAAACAGCAGAAGCAGGAAGAGAAAAAGCCAGGAAGGCAGGAGCAUGACAAGAAGCGGAAGAAAGAGAAGGAACGCAGCAGCAAGCAAGCCGCGAAGGACGCUGCGGCUGCAUUGGCAGCAGCAUCCACGGUAGCUGAAGAGCCUACGCUCGACAGCGACAGGGACGGCGACGGCGGCGGCCCUUCUGCCAGCAGCGACGAGGAGGAUGCCGAUGGCGGCGGCGGCAAGGGCGCGGGCCCCACCACAGAGGAGGAUAAGGCGGCAGCUGCGGCGGCCAGAGCGGCGGCAGACGCGGACAAGCUGCAGCGCACCGUGUUCGUGGGCAACCUGCCCGUCGCCACGGCCCGCAAGCAGCUGUUGCGCCUCUUCGAGCGGCACGGCGCCGUUGAGAGCGUGCGGCUGCGCAGCGUGCCGGUGGCGCUCGACAAGAAGCUGCCGCGGCGCGUCGCGAUCGCGAAGGGCGCGGUGGACGCGGGGCGCGGCGGGGCGCACGGCUACGUUGUGUUUGAGGACGCGGCGGCGGUGGAGGCGGCGCUCGCCCUCAACAUGAGCGAGGUGAUGGGCUGCAGGGCGUAG